GUCGGUUAGUCUGGCAGCGACACAACUUCACGAACCAAAGACAAUAUUCCGGCUAGAUGAGCGACUCCGAGCAUCCCGAGGAAAAGGAGAACUCCACUCCUGAUCCUGCCUGGCCUGAAAAUGGCAGCCAGUGGAGCGAUGAAGAAGGCGGAGGAGAGAUGGAGGAAUCCGGCCUCCUUCAGGACGUGGUGGAAGAGGAUGAGGAGAUUGACCUCUACAACGAGGAAACCUUCGGUUUAGACCUGAGUGCUGAGGAUCUACAAGCAGACCCUGUAGACCUUCUGUUUGUUGAUGGCAACCAGCCCCCGGCACCACCGUCCUCACCACCACCGUCUCCGAGGGAGCCAUCUCCUCCCAGGCCUAAACCUCAAAUCCAGCCUCAGGCUCCUGUAGUCCACAUUAAGGCCAUGAGUCGCAGGGAGAGACCUCAGAGGCAACUGUUUGAUGACCCAGCCGUGAUGAGGACAGUGGAGGGUCCACCCAGUCUGAAGAGUUUGGACAGUGCUAUUGUGGACUGUGGCCGAAGCUCCUACUGGGGUGAUCUGAAUGCAAAUACAUGGAUGAUGGCAUCAUACAGUUCACCCAGACGCACGCCGGCAUCCAUCCUGCAGGACCAAGCAAUCGUGGGAGUGAUUGACAAGUCAACACGGGGUAGAAUGCCAUAUGGUUCCCCUAACCUGAGAUCUCCCCUUCAUCCAGUGGGCCAGAGGAGGCUCCAUAAGCAGGUACCACUGUGUCCUGUGGUGCCUAGUAGCCCGUUGCACCCUCAAAGUCCCUUCUCUAUGAAGCAACGUUACAAUCAGUCAGUUUUCCUUUCCCCCACUCCUCCUCGCUUCCACGCCCCCCAGGCACUCACACCCAAAAUGAUGCAAGUGAGGUUUGGACCCAACUCCCCAAGGCCCAGCCCUUGCUAUAGCCCUUUCUCAGCUCCCAUUCAGCGAUUCCGGCUCCCUGUGCUGGCAACACAAUUCCACCCACAGCACAAACGGCUGCUGAACCAGCGCCCCCUUGGCUCUCGGAGAAAGUCAAAGAACUGGGAACACUAUGCUGAGCUAAUGUCAGCUAAAGAGAAGGAGUGGAUCAUCAAACUGCAAAUGAUGCAGCUACAGAGCGAAAACCCAUAUCAGGACGACUACUAUUACCAGGAGUACUAUCGGAGAAUGGAGGCUAAACUGGCUGAAGAAGAACUGCUGGGCGACCGCUCAAAGAGGGAGCCGCCCAAACUCACCACACCAUACGUCACCAAAACUGUAUCCUAUACUCCAGUGGUCCACAUCGAGGGUUCGCUUGGCCAAGUCGCUGUGUCCACAUGUUACUCCCCGCGCAGAGCCAUAGAUGCUGUCCAUGUCCACACCCCUGAAGAGCAGAAAGACACCAGGCAGCAGAGGUUGGAGGUACUGAACACCAUCGAGAAGUGUUUCAUCAUUUUGUUGGGGGUGGAAGAAGCAGAAAGAACGAAAGAGACUGUAUCCGAUGAGGAAGAGAGGAGAAGACUUAUGAAGACUGUGCAGAGGGGGGUGGACGAAAUCAGUAGUCGGCUACACAGCUCCAGCUUGCUAGAAUCCAUGGAAGAGUUUCUGCAGUGUCUCCUAGUUUCAAAAGGAAAGAGGCUACUGGCCAGACUCCUGCCCUUCCUGUCGCAGGAUGCAGCCAGACACAUCCUGACAGUGAUCACGACACACUUACCAGCACUAAUGAGCAGAGAUGUGGAUGAGGCACUUCCUGUUCUGUACCCACCUCUCCGUACCAUGAUCAGCACGCUCACCUUCACCCAGCUGGUUGCUGUUCUCCAAGAAUUUACCUCUUCCUUGCCCGACUCCAAAGACUCGCGCCUGACAUUGGCUUGCCAAAACAAGUUUGGUCUGUCUUUGCUAUAUGCAUUGCUAUCGCAAGGGGAAAGGCUCCUGACUUCAGACGUUCCCAUGGAGCCCAGCAUCGGCGACUUCGAGACCUGGACGGACACAGUUUUCCAUGUCGCUCGUCAGCUCUCCCGGACAUCCCUGGUGGAGCCUCUCUUCCUGCCUUCCAACCUGCUCACGCUGUUUUGCCGGUACUUGGACAAACGCACUGUCCAGCAACUGAAGAACAACAUGGAGUCUUCUGCAGGCUAUCUGGCUGUAGGCUCAUGA